GCAUUUGUAGAGGUUUAAAAAAAUUUAUAGCAUCGUCAGAAUAACUUUUUCUGAACAUGAAAAUCAUUUAAUUCGUAUUUAAACAUUUUCCAGUAAUUCUUUCCCGCCAAGGAAAUAUUUUUUAAUUAGUUUUAACGAUUUUAAGGUGAAGUUUACGUUGGACUAUGAAAAGACUUAGUGGACCAGCUCGAUAUCGACUUUUGAUUGGAAUCUUGUUCCUACUAAUACUUUAUUAUGCAUACAAAAGUUUCACAGAUUACAGUAAACAAUUAAUUCAUGAGGAUCAGUUGGAGUUUGCAAAGUCGAAAGGAGAUCCAGUACUUAUCAGUGUUUAUUAUGAAGCUUUAUGUCCUGAUUCCAAAGGAUUUAUUAUUAAUCAACUUAUUCCUGUGUACAAAAGAAUUCCUAAUCUCAUAGAAAUUGAAUUCUUUCCUUAUGGAAAAGCCACGACUCAAACACUUCCCGACGGUUCUUUAAAAUUCGACUGCCAGCAUGGCGAAAGAGAAUGUGAAGCUAAUAUUAUACAUUGUUGUGCAAUCGAAGCUAUUCACGACACGGAAACGAAAUUAAAUGUUGCGGCUUGUAUGAUUCGUGACAAUCAAAAUCCCAAAGAAGCAUUUCAAAGGUGUAUGAGGGAAUAUUCAAUUGACGCUAAUGAAGUAGAAACAAUUCAGAAAUGUUACAGCAGUUUACAUGGAAAAGAAUUACUGAAAUUAGCAGGAGAAGCUACAAGUUCUCUUCGACCUCGCGUUUCUUUCAUUCCUACUGUGACCCUUGAUGGUGAUCAAAGACGACAAGCAACCGUUCUUCGAGAUUUAAUGGGAGAAAUUUGUAAAGUAUUAGAAGAUGGUGGAAUGACACCGAAAGCAUGCGAGACUGUAUAGCAACUAUUUCUACUUUAUCUUCAUCAACUUUUCAAUUAGACUAAAACAAAAUGUUUUUCUAAUUUUUUUUAUUAUACUCUCGUUCAAUUUGACACUCAAAGUCGCAAAAGUGAAUAUGAACAAAUCUUUAAAGUGAUUACGUAAAGAAAAUAAAAAAUGAGAGAAAGAAAAGUUUUUAAUUAAUUUCCAUAGCAGCUCCACUUUCAAUUUCACUGAACAUGUAUUCGUCUUGAUGUUCUUUAAGGAAUCGACUUGAACGUUCUUCAUCUAAGAACAAGUUGUAAACUUUCUUCACAUCUUCGACUUGAAUUUCGGGAGAUUUUCGACGACGACUUACGAGAUUUGCUGUUGUAAUUAAUUGAAUGGCAUAACGUAAGCUGGUCUGUGUUGCAAGUCUUGAAAGAACAAUCAUCGCUUCUGGUUGCAUUUGACAAUCUUCUUCUUCACAGCGAAUCUUCAAAAUUUCUUUCAUUUCCUCUGGCGAGUAUGGAACAGUUCGAAUAAUAAUCAUUCGAUCCAACAAAUCUAUUGGAAUUCCAUGGGGACUUUGGUAGUUUGUGCCGCGAAUCUUUGUAAUGCCACGAUUUGUUGCCAUGAUUACAACUGGAGCCAUGUCUUGUUCAAGAGCCCGAUUUAAGUAUGAAAAGCAUUCAAUAUCCAACAUAUGAGCUUCAUCAAUAAAUAAUACUCCAGGAUUAAUCUCAGCUUUGCCUUCUUCACGCCAUUCUGAUACUUUACUGUUGAUUUGAUCUCGAACUUCUUGUUUAAUUUCGCCAGUGUCACCAGAGAAAAGUGCCAGAAAUCCGUGUGUGCGGCUGUUAAUGACGUCGAUUUCAUGGAGAGUUACUGUGUGGACAACUUCUUUACGUUUCUGUAAUUCACCUUCGGGACAUUGAACGAAUCUUGUUUGAGCUCCUGUUGCAUCGUAAUCUCGUGAUCUGGUGAAGCUACGACCCAAUUUGCUUACUUUUCCUGAAGCUUUAUCGAUUGUGAUGAUGUCGCCAGCUUGAAUUUUUUCUUUCAUGAAGCAUUCAAUAAUCUUGUUGCCUAAAUCGUAAUUGGUUUCCAUUUCAGUGGUUUUCAAUGUGACUUUCCCGAUUUUUUGUCCAGUUCCAGUCGCAGGACGAUCGAUUUGAAUCUCAACAACUUCGCCUUCAAUUAUUUCGGUUUCUUCUUUGAUUCUCACUCCAAUACUUUUACGAAGAGCUUGAGCAAGUGCUUCUGUUUUGCUCAUUUCAAGUGAGUAGAUUUCAGAUCCAGACAUGCUUGUGAAAGGAGUUUCCGUGCCUAAAGCUUGGGCCAUUCCAACAGCGAUUGCAGUUUUACCAGUGCUUGGUUCACCAGCAAGCAAAAUGCAACGACCAGCGAUUUUUCCUUCUCGAACCAUUUGUACUACGAUUCCUGCAGCACGACGGGCGUCUUUCUGACCAACCAUUCCUUGAGAUACAAGACGAGCUUCAAGCACAUCGUCCAAUCCUAAACCGCGAAUAUGUGAAUGAGCUCCAAUGCGCUCAAUGCGCGUUGAUUCACGAACUUCUAAUUUCUCGUUGUCUACCAUUUUGCUCGUUUGAAAUAAUUUUUUCUUUUGAGUUUUGAUUGAUAAUUUCACUUAAAUGAAUAUAUUUUUAGUUUUAAACUGUCAAAAAUAGACUUAUUUGUUGAAAACACUCGGAAUGUAUCUUUAUUUUUUGAGUAAAACGCAGAAAUUAAUUAUUUUUCACUGCUGCUUCGAUAGUUUGUUUUCGGCUUUUGUUUUCAACUU